AUUGAUAUUUGUGUUGACAAAUGUAUCAAGUUGAUAUAAUUAAACAAUUCAACAAAACUUCAAGUGUUAUUUUUAUUGAUUAGAUUGCCGCUGAUUUACUGACUUUGAUUCAUAAUCCUAUUGAGCUGUAUUUCAAAAUUUUCUUUCAUUCUUCAAGUUUUUCUUGUUUCGAUUGUUACUAAAAAUGUUUUCUUUAAAAAUAUUUAUCAGAAAAGCAAGUUACACUCAUUAGUCUCGAGGAAAUUUAACGUUUUCGCAUUACGUAAUUGUAGAUUGCUGAUAAUUUGCUUAAUUUUGAUUAUUUAAAACGCCAGCUUUCCAAGGAAAACUAAAAUGGCUCAAAAAUUUUCCAUAUUAAGUUUUCUCUUGAUUCAUCUUAUCUUACUAUGCAGUUGUUCAGGAGACGAAAUGGAAACAACUUUGACUAAUCUUACAUCGAUCUCAUGGUCACAUAGGACAAACUCUCAAAGCUUAUUAGAUGAAGUUCUCAAAAGUGAUAUCAAUAUGAUUGAAGCUGAUAUUGUGUAUGGGGUCUUAAAUAAUGAUUCCUCAGAAGAAAUGCAACCAAUAAUGGGACAUCCUCCAGAAACAACUUCUGAUAUAUCUUUGAGAAGUUUUCUUAAUCAAGUCCUUGAUUACAAUAAAAAUAAAGAUAUAAGUGAGAAGAAAGGAGUGAAGUUGGAUUUCAAAUCGACAACUGUUUAUAAAAGUUCUCUUCCUUUGCUGAUGGAAUUGUGGGAUACAAUGGAUUACCCUGUAUGGAUUAAUGCAGAUAUUUAUCCGGGACCAUGGAACAACACUUCAACCAUACCAGUGGAUGCCCAGGAAUUCUUUGAUGGUGCAAAGAAACUAAAAAAUGCUGUUCUAAGUCCUGGUUGGACAACAGCUUGGGGUUACAAUUACACAGAUGGUCAUUACACUCAAGAACAAGUUGAUGCAAUGAUAAACGUCAUAAAAGAAAACAACAUCACAAACCAGAUAACUUUUCCUGUUCGAGCAGGAAUUGCCAGUCAAAGUGUCACUGAACUUGAUCAUUUAUACAGGUCACUUAAUAUGACUAAUGCAAUUACAUUUACGCUUUGGUCAUCAGUCAACGAUUCCGUGAAUGUUGAAAAACUUCGCGAUAUGAUUUUUCAUUUCGGAGUUGAUAAAGUUUAUAUAGAUAUUCCUGAAGAACUUUUUAAUCAGCUCAAUCUUGACAAUGAACGAAAUUCUUCUCGUUUGCUUAAACCUCUAAUGUUAUUAAGCUUAAUUUAUUUAUUUGUUUUAAUAUUUUAAACCUUGUACUUUAAUCCUAAAUUUGUCAAACCUAAUAGAACCAAACUUUCAAUAAAUGACGUUUGAUGUAGAU